GCCCAGCAGUGACCCGGCCCCCGGGAGAAGGGACGUCCCGGCCCAGCAGCGUCCCAGCCCCUGGGAGAAGGGACGUCCCGGCCCAGCAGUGACCCAGCCCCUGGGAGAAGGGACGUCCCGGCCCAGCAGCGUUCAGGCCCCUAGGAGAAGGGACGUCCCCAGCCUGAUGGCAUCAGUCAGAGAAGUCUCCAGUUUCACGGAGGACCUGCUCUGCCCCAUCUGCCUGUCCCUGUUCCGGGACCCCCGCAUGCUGGAGUGCGGGCACAGCUUCUGCGCCGCCUGCCUGGAGCCCUGCGUCCCCAAGGGGCAGCGCCGGGGGCUGUGCCCCGAGUGCCGGCGCCCCUUCGCCCUGCGCAGGGUGGCCCUCAACCGGGCCCUGUGCAGCCUGGCGGAGAAAGCCCGGCUGCUGCGACUGGACGAGGGGGCCCAGCCGGGCGGAGGAGGGAGUUGGUAUUUCUGCGCGGAGCAUGAGGAGCCCCUCAAACUCUUCUGCAGCCAGGACGAGGGGCCCGUGUGUGUGAUCUGCCGGGACCUGCCCCAGCACCGCGGCCAUGACUUCCUGCCUGUCAAAAACGCCGUCCAGAAAUAUCAGGAACAGCUCAAGGCGUCUCUGCAGCCCCUGGAGGAAGGUCUCAAGAGGCUGAUGCGGAGCCGGUGCCGCCAGCAGGAGAACGUAACAGAGCUGGAGAGCUGCUCCGAGUCCCUGUUGGACCACAUCUCGGGAGAGUUCGAAAAGAUGCACCAGCUGCUGAGUCUGCGGGAGCUGGGCCUGAAGGAGGCGCUGGAGCGGCAGCAGAAGAAGAACCUGGCCCAGAUGGAAGAGAAGCUCCAGGAGCUGAAUGGGAAAGUGGCGUCCUGGACCGAGACCCUCUCCAGGGUACGCGUGGGGCUGGAGCGCAAGGACAACAUCGGCUUCCUCAAGGAUGCCAAGGAGCUAAUGGAGAGAGUCCGUGCGGGGCAGGGAGUCCAGGGGAAGGAGAUGGAGAAGACAGACCAGGUGGAGGCAGAAGAGGAAUUGAGAACCAGUGACGAUGACACCGAUGAAUGUGAGAAAGAGGAGGAAGGGGAAGAGGACGAGGAAGAUGAGGAACCUGAGGUGGAAGAGGAGGAAGAAGAGGAGAGGGCCGAGGAAGAAGAGGUUAAGGAAGAGGAAGACGAUGGAGUGGUGCCUGUGGACCUGAACCUUGGGGAGUUUAAGGGACCUCUGCAGUUCUACGCCUGGAAGGAGCUACUGGGGAUAGUCCACCCAGUGCCAGCCUGCAUCACCCUGGACUGCCACUCGGCCCACCCCAGCCUUGUCCUCAUUGAGGAAGCCACCGGCGUCAAGUUCAGCCCGGGCCGGCGGUUCUGGCGCCGUAAGCCCCAGCGCUUCACGGCCAGCCCCUGUGUGGUGGGGCGGGAGGGCUGUGCGGGCGGCCGGCUCUACUGGGAGGUGCGGGUGGGCGACAAUCCCGACUGGGUGGUGGGCGCUGCCCGGAGGUCCGUGAAACGCAAGAGACGUCUCAGCUUCCGGGCCAGGGAAGGGGUGUGGGCCAUCGAGCGGCGAGGGGGGCAGUACCGGGCCCUGACGGACCCCCGCCUCACCCUGUCCGUCUGCGGGAGGCUGGAGAAGGUGGGGGUGUAUCUGGACUUCGAAGGAGGCCAGUUGUCCUUCUACAACAGCUCCAGCUUGACCCAUCUGCACACCUUCCAGGACUCCUUCGCGGAGGAGAUAGUUCCCUUCCUGAGCACCCAGUCCAACAAGCCCCUCUCCAUGUGGGACCUGGAUCUCUGACACCCAUGUCCCUUGCCCCAUCGCCCUGGGCCAGCCAGUCCCCCGACCCUGGGGCCUGAUCGGAGCCACCUUGGUGCCAUGGCCAAGUUGCCCCACAUCGCCCUCUGCUGAUGUGCCUGAGUCCUACACCUGGACGGAUUCUUCUCUACUCAGUUCCUGAGGCCCGAGUAGUCUUGGCUUAUCCGCCAAUGACAGGGGCCAGUUAAUAGCAGGAUCAGUGAUGAUGGCUUCAGGAACCCUUCCACAGAACCCGCCAACAUCCCACCAUCUUGUUUUAUCCAACCCAACAGCCCUGGGAUUCGAACCCGCAACCUAGAACAAAGGCAAUUUUGGCUGUAAGUCGGUGACAUCCUGACUUAUUCGCUAGCUGGGGUGGUUCACACCAGCUGAACCUCUAGCUUGUUGCUGGUUCUUUGUUCUCAGCAGCCCCUGGGUGCAUGGUCCGGCCAUUUCCCCGGUGAGAUGUAACCUUAAAUAGGAAGCAUUCAAUGGCAAUUCAUUUGGUUUCCUUUGAGAAUUGCUGGUUCAUUCGUCCCGUUGGUGCUCCACAGAGGUCAGAGCAUCCGAGUUAAGAGUUUCAGACUUUCUGGGCUAAUUGGAGUUACUCCGGAUUUGCACCAGUAGAACACUGGGGAAGUCAGCAGAGUUGCUUUGCAGUCACACCAACAUAAAUCUGAUGUGGUUCCUUGACUGGCUCCUCAUUACACCCCAGUGUAAACCUGGAGUAAUCCUGUUGGCCUUUCUGCAGUUAUUCCUCACAUACAUCCCAAUAAAUCCAUUGAACUAAAUCCAUCCGUUUAUUACUCCGUUACGCCGGUGGGAACCUGGAGUGAUUGAACUGAGUCGACCUCUCUUACUCUGGGUUUACAAGUGUAAAUCUAGUGAAGCUGCUGGACUUACUUCACUUUAGGCUAGCAUACUUCGAAAGUACACACUGCUGGCUGACGUGGAGUCACUCUGGGUUUACACUGGGGGUCACUGAGAUCAGACUCCAGCCCUGAUUCCAUGGACUCUGGAAGGGUCAGUCUGGAUGUACACGUCAGAUUCUGGAUUCCUGAUUAUAUAGGUUCAAGUCCCAUAUAGGAUUAUGCAUCUUCUUGCCUUCCCUGGGGGAGAAACUGCUCUCUCUGGCAUCUGUCAGAUGAGUAAAGCUAUGAAUCUGUGACAUGCCCCCCCCAAGCUGCCCAGCCCCUGAAGAAGGUGGGAAAUUGUACCCUCACGGAUGAGCCGUUGCAGACUGCUGACGUGCCACUUUGAGUGAGUUGUGAGGUUCCCAGGGGAAAUGGGUCUCCCGCCGUCUCUUGGCAAUGAACGCUGAAGAUGUUCUGGGCUGGAAGUUAAUGGUGCCAGAUGGCCCCUUGGUGCGACUGGGCGGAGCUCAGUUGCAUCCAGCGCUGACUUGCACCACUCGGGGCUCUGGCUCCAUGGGCCGCAAUGGAGCGACGUCCGAAUGACACUAGCUGCGGAUCUAGCCCAGGGAGGGCUGCCGCUGUGCGCUCUUGACCUCACAGACUGACUGGAUACAGAGGCGGGAACGUCUCUUCCUAGGAAAUCAGGGCCAAGUGAAGCCCUCAUGUAAGUGGCUUGAACUCCAUUGAAUCAAGGGUUGUUCGCCACCAGCAGGGAAUUUGGCCUGGAAUCUGUCAUGUGUUGCAACACGUAGGAAGACAUACCCACACGGCCUAAGGCAAAAUGAACAAAGAGACACUCACGCCUUCUGUUAGUUGCCCUUCAACCUGGU